UUCUACUGCAACAUUUCUUACAGGACCUUGUUUGCACACCAAGAAGAUUGCAGAGAAAGACGGUCUGGGUUUUCCUUUCAAUUCAGUCAUGAGACUUUCACUUGUCCUCGCUUCUCUUGUUUUCUUUUCUGCAGCAGACGUUAUCCUUAGUAAUGGUGUUCCUGACGUCGGCCAGCCAGGUAGCUCCUGUAGUCCUCUCGUGGUUGGCCAAGGUGUAAUUGUGCAAGAGAGUUGCACAAAAGCGCCAAGCCCUCGCGGAACCGUUUGUGACUUGGCAUGUCCGAACGGCAUGAAAUUAAUGGCACCCCCAUUUCAGCAGUGUGGAAAUGAGGGGAUCUGGACUCCACCCACUGGUUCCAUCCGUUGUGGAGAUAUUAAUGAAUGUGAAUACGAUAAAGGAGGCUGCAGUCAUGAAUGUGUGAAUGAUGUGGGUAGUUUCCACUGCACCUGCCCUCAUCCGCUGGUUCUAUCUGAUGAUAAACUCAAUUGUAGAGCUCCUGGUCUGCUCCUAAACUGCAGCACACAUGCUAUCGAGGUCACGGUCCCUAAAACAGCUUUGCGCGACCUGCAAGGAGACUUCCUUAGCCUCCUGGACCCAUCAUGUCCCGUAAUUGAGACACCCACACAUUACAUCUUCAAGACUGGAUUGGACAAGUGUGGCACCAAGAGACGCAGUACUAUGGACUUCAUCGUCUAUAGCAACAAAAUCGUGGAGAAGAAGGCUGCUCCUGGAAGCAUCAUUACGCGGGUUGGAGAGGAUGAAUUUGACAUCCCAUUCUGCUGUUAUUACUUGAACAACGGUAUCACCUCAGCGGUUGGAAUCAAACCAGUGGUAAAGCAGCUAUACAUCGAGGAAGAAGGGUAUGGCCGUUUUUCAAUCCGCAUGGAUUUCUACCAUGGCGAAGAUUACCAAGACGUUCAUUCGUGGAGUGACUUUCCAGUGGAGGUACCAUUCCGUGAGCGAUUGUACUUUGAAUUGUCCAUUGCUACUUUGGACCAAAGUCUCGAGAUUAUGGCGGGAAAUUGCUGUUCCACACCUACCGCUGACCACAAAAAAGUGGACAGGUUCAGGCAUGAACUUAUUCACGAAGGGUGCCCGGUCGAUGAUACAGUAAAGAUGGAAGAUUCACCUUCUCGACAGAAGAAACGCUUCAGCGUCGAAGCCUUCAAGUUUGUGGGUGAUUUCCCCUUCGUAUACCUCCACUGCAGUGUGGUGGUUUGUAGAGCAAAUGAUUCCGACUCACGCUGUUCCAAAGGGUGUGUCCCAGGCCUGCACGUGAAUCCGCCAUGGGACGUCAUGGAGAAGCUGAAAAAGGAAGAGGAAGCGGAGCACCGAGCCAAGCGAGCCCUAGACUAUAAGGACCCCAACUAUUUAAUCUCAAAGGGGCCCUUUUCUUUAAACGAGGAAAGUUUAAACGAUGAACCUGUGAUUGAUCUGAAAGGACCUCGACGGGAUCAGUCUAAGUUGGAGGAAGAUGAACAAGGAAAAGACGAAGAAAAGAAAGGGUGGAACUCACGCGUGACAAACGGUCUAAUGAUUGUAAUUGCUGCAGCAAGUGUCCUCGCUCUCGUGGGUGUCAUCCACGUCACACGCGUGAUGAAACGCGGCCGCAAUUACAAGGUGGUCGAUCGGUUUUUUAAGUCCAAAAUUUUGUUGACUUUAGUUAGGUUUUGCUGGGUGUGGGAAAGAAAAACCUUUCCCUCUACCAAUCUAGCAAAAAUGUACCGUUACCUACUACUAAUAUGUCUUGCAUUGUUGGACGAUGUUACAGCUAAAAUACCUGCGGCACCUGGUGAGAAAAAGUGUCCGGCCCUUAAAGUCGGAGCCCAUGUGAUAACCGAUCAUUCCUGCACUAGUGGCCCUAGCGACGUCGAUACAGUUUGUUCAUUUGAGUGUUCCAAGGGAUAUCAGCGAAAUGGUCCGGGACAUAAACGUUGCCAGUUGGACGGCUCUUGGACAAAUGGUGAUGAUCCUGUCAAAUGCGAUGAUGUGAAUGAAUGUGAUACCGCCAAUGGAUUCUGCAGUCACCUCUGCAUGAAUAAACCUGGAAGUUACAAGUGCAAGUGUCCUCCUCCACUUAUAUUAGAUCCAAAAAAUCAGAGGAAAUGCAAAGGUCCUGGUGUUCAACUUACUUGUGAUACAAAUCACAUGGAGAUCGUUCUACCCAAAAACCUCAUCCACAACCUGCAUCACGAGCACCUGAGUCUCAUCGACCCAAGCUGUCGAGCAAAUGGUAACGCCACACACUACAGCUUGUCAACAGACAUCACAAAAUGCGGAACCACUUCCCACGUGUACAAAAACUUCAUCGUGUACACCAACAGGGUGAUCGAAUCUCCUAACGAAGACUCGGACGUCAUAACCCACGUAGGUGUAAACGAAAUCAAAGUUCCAUUCAGUUGCUACUUCAACGACCUGGAAAUUGUCCAUACCGUCGGAUACAAACCGGUAGCACAGAAAAUCCACGUGUACGUUAAAGGACGCGGUGAAUACGCUUUGAGUCUGGACAUAUUUAAGGAUGAGAGUUACGGAGAAGGAUCUCGGGCUUUGGCGCCAUCGUCGGCGAAGUACACACAAGACGACUUCCCCAUCGAAGUUCAUCUCCGUGAGCGAGUUUUCGUGCAGGCAUCGUUGGACACUCGCGAGAAGGAUCUAAAGAUAUUUGCAUCUAACUGCUGCUCGACACCAAUGCAAGAUCACGAGGCUACUAUGAAAUUCAGGCACGCGUUGAUUGUGGAAGGUUGUCCCAGGGACCCUACAGUUCAAUUCCAUUCCUCCUCUGACCCGACGAAAUUUCGGUUCAGUUUCGAAGCGUUCCAGUUUCUUGGCAACCACGAUUACGUCUUUAUACAUUGCCGUGUCCAUGUGUGCGAUGUUAACGAUAACAAGUCCCGCUGUGCGAAGGGAUGCCUGCCAGGAUUCGGUAAGCCGCCGGUGCAAGAUCAUCCUGGGAAGAUUAAAAAAGCUCAGACUCCAGAAAAACUAGCUCAGCCGAACGGAAAGAGCGUCAAGAAGGUGGUGGCCUCAGGUACCAGCAAGAAAGCAGAGGUUCGCUCGGCGAGCAAGAAGAGCACCGUGAAAGCUGCAGCUAAAGUCUUAGUGAAAGCACCUUCGAUAACCAAGAAUAAGGUUCAAGAUCAACCCAAGGUAUCAAAGAAGACAGAUGCCGAGAUUGAAUUACGCCAUCUCAUGAAACGUGCUGCUGCUACGCGUUUCCAAAAGAGAGGGGUGUUGGGUUCUACUGACUUAACCUCCAUAGGUCCAGUCUUACUCGAACAUGCUAAAAGAAAUGGCAAGAGAGAGCCAAGGCCUAAGAAAGUGUUCGCCGAUGCGAAAGGGAUUGGUAUGAACCAUGAUGUGAAGCAAAAAAACAAACGUACGUCUGUGGCUCCUAGUGCAACAAACAUUGUUCUAGUGGUGCUAACAGUAGCUUCCAUCAUGGCGCUGGUUGGAGUAGCAUAUCUUGGUCGCAAAGCGACAAAGAUUGUGAACAAUCCUUACAAUUACGACUCUUUAGCAGUCUAUCAGUAAACUUCAUCAGUCGUUAAUACUACAUCCUGUUUGUCCUUUGUGAUAUAAAAUUGGUUUUAGCAACCUUCAAUCUCUACAACGCUUGAAAAUAGUAGAAUUUAGUAUUAUCUUGGCCCUUCCGCAUGUAACUUUUAAGAGGUUCCACAAGGGAAAAACUUCUCGAGCAAUUCACUGAGAAGUGGCUCAUUUCACACUUUUUCAAAAGCAUUAUGAUGGCAGAAAACUGGGUCAAUUUUUCUAGUUCUGUUUUUCUUAUAUCUUUUCUGUUUAAUCUCUUUCUGCUUCUAUCUGUUUCAAAAGUGUUUACUCUUGGUAAUAAAGACAUUCUUAAAUACGCAAACUUGUCGAGAGCAAACAUAUGCAUUUAGACUGCAAGCUGCCCCUCCCUUUCGGCGAAGUCCGUUGUGCAAGCGCCUCACUUCCGGAGCUCCCCGCGGCCCACUAAUAUCAAUAUUUUUUUCAUUAAAUAUUUUUUUGAUUUGAGCGACGGACUUUGUUGCAAAGGAGAGACUGCUCGUAGUCCAAUAAUUCGAAAUACACUUUAAAAAACUGUUUUAUCGAUGUUUUUAUAAAAAAAAAUCGUGUGUGGGCAAGUUAGGUAGUCCUCUUAAAAAGUUAGAGCCGCAGAGAACUAAUAAUUAUUCUUUUAUCUUUCCAGUAAACGUACAGGAAUCUGAUACAA